GCUUGUCAGGGGUGGUGUGGACCUGUCUGUCUAGCCUCUGGCGAGAGGUCCUCGUGACUUGUCAGACCUACGCAUAUGUGCAUGUGUUCGCAGAUCAGAUAAUCAAUUCAAUCAGAGUUGAGGUGAUUGUCAUAGUGACAGUGCAGUAUGUGGAGUCUUGUGCUUGGAAGUUGCAGACUCUGAAGAACGAGUUGCUAUCGAGUUCUUCUGAUUUUGAAUGCUACUGAAACGCUCCAUCUUCUCUCCUUUUUUUCUUUUUUUUUUUCCUUUUUUUUUUACUUCAAGGAAUUGGGCGGUGCGUGUCGGAAUCGGGACUUCACUUUGUAAGGGUCAGUAAAAUAGAUGGUUGAAGGAGAAAGGCAACUUUGCUACUUAACUUGAAACUUUUGGUUGUAACGACUGGUAUGUGGGAGUGUUGCAUUGAUCACACGGAGUGAUCGAGGGGUUUGUUUCCGGAUAAGGAAGGAGUUGCAGUCAUGGGGAGAGCACCAGGUAACGGUGAUGAGAAGGAGGGGACGCUUCGGAAAGGACCAUGGACUACAGAUGAAGACCGAAAAUUAGUGGCGUAUAUUCAAGAGCAUGGACACGGCAGUUGGCGUGUUCUUCCCAAAAAUGCAGGUCUGACAAGAUGCGGCAAGAGCUGUAGAUUGAGAUGGACGAACUAUUUGCGGCCAGAUAUCAAGCGUGGCCGAUUCUCCGAAGCCGAAGACCAGACGAUUGUCCACCUUCACUCGGUGCUUGGAAAUAGAUGGUCGACCAUAGCAGCGCAUCUGCCCGGACGGACUGACAACGAGAUUAAAAACUACUGGAAUACACACGUGAAGAAGCGUCUUCUGCAAUUGGGAAUCGAUCCCUUGACACACACAGCCCGCAUCGCAACAGAUCUUGUGCAUGAAGGCGCAGACAUGAAGCGAUCGGUCUCAUCAAAUCUUUGCCACAUAUCGCAAUGGGAUGUUGUCCGCAUGGAGACCGAGACCAGACUGUUUAGCACCACCUCCCUUAACAAUCAAACUGCAGUGGGUGAUAUAGACCGCCCACCAUCAUCGCUCUAUGAUCCCGGAGAGGCCCUGCAACAGGCCCCCCCAAGGCAUGCAACAUCGAGCUCAUGGAAAUCUUCAGUCGCUACACACAGCGCAAGGCCAGCUUUAGGCGAUUCAAAUGAAGCUGCGUAUUCAGAUCUUCAGAACGUGUUCCGAGGGAAGGAGUCUUCCUCCCAUUCCUCUGCAUCCCCUGGGAAUCUUUAUGGCACCUGCGAAGAUAUACCCGCUAAGUCGAGGUCAACAUCGAAUCAUGGAAGUAGCCUUGACAACUACCACAGCUCCGUCUCCAGCACAAUUAUCAGCUCCAAGUUUCUCAAUCCCAUGUCGCCCACUUCCGUGCUGUGUCCUAGGUCGAACUCUGCCGGUGUUCUCUGGGAUAUCAACCUGUGUUCGUCUUUCUGGCAGACGCAGGCCGCACAGCUGCCCAUGAAAGCCGACGCUCAGUCAUUUCGGGAGACAUCCAGUAAUUAUGAACAAGGUCAGCUACUUCAUGAGCCACAUCUUGAGGUCGGCUAUGACGAUUCAUCAGAACUUGAAUCGACUUUGAGAUAUCUUCUUCUGGAAAAUUCUCACAACUUCAAUAAUCUCGUAGACUUUGCACAUUCUUCAUCACAAACCAGCUGUAAACCUUCUGCAGUUUGUAAUCUAAGAGCGGCGCCACAAUACAUUGAUGUCCAUGUUUUAGAUAGUAAUUAAUCAAUCAUAACAGUCUCCAGAACUAGAGAAGUUGAGGAUAUUGAAAUUUCUACGCUCUACAACCUUCAAGAUGGACAUUAAGUCACAUUAGUAUGGGUAGUAGAUCGUGUAAGAACACACUUUUAUUAAAAGAUUGUGUGUAUUCAUGCCA